CGGCUCCCCGUGUCAUCGAAGGGAGCCGCAUGCUACCCCGCGUGUCGCUCUGCUCUACUGGCAGCCUCUACGGUUGCUCAUGGCAACCACGUCGUUGGCGCGCAGCUGCUGCAGGGCGGCCCCGGUUGUAAGAGUUCGCGCCGGCGAAUCCAAGCACGUGGGGAGGCCUCUGAGCGCCUCUCAUCAAGAAGGACAGGCCCCGCUUCAGAGCACGUGCGCGGGCACUGAAGGGUUAACCGCGGCAGAGAAAAAGAUCGUUGCGCUCCAUGAGGAGGCAUGCGCAGCUGGACAGAAAAAUUACGUGGAUCCAGUUACUAGCUACCUAGUAUUGACCAAAGUUGCCCAUUUGGAGAGGGGACAUUGCUGUGGCUCUUCCUGUAGACACUGUCCAUAUGGUCAAACGAAUGUUAAAGAUCCGUCCAAAAAGAAGCGGUUCAAUUCCUUCUUCUAUGCUUGACGAUCGAAAGCUUUUGCAUCAUACCAUGAAGAAAGAAACGAUCAGCCAUCACCCUCACUCCCCCCUCCCUUUUUUCUGCCCCCUAUUGCUUCCCCAUUUUGCAUAUUGGCGUUCCUUUGACCUCUGCUGUUCCGUAUCCUGAAUAUUUUCCAAUUGUAAUUAAAAAAAAUCCAUGUGUGUGCCAGUGAUGCUGAGCCAUUGACAAGGCUUUCCCUUUCUCUCC